UCCCAAAACACACCACAAAAGCAAAAAAAACAAGGCAGGUUCUGAGACAGCUGACUCCAGCCGCGGCAGGUUUAGUUGUCGCUGCCUUGAAGUAGUGGCAGGUUUACCGGGAGCUCCACCUGUCAAGGAAGAAAUUUACUCCAACUGUCUUUGCUGUACCAUCAGUUCGACCAUAGACCUCAUUGCAGCAUCGUACUUCCCAAACGCAAGCGUCCACACACCUCGUGACCUCGAUUCGACCAAUCACAAGCGCCACCGCGCAUGGGUGUCGUACCAAGAUCAACCUGAUCGUCUGUGAGGCAGACUGAACCGGGGGAAGAUCACCAUUUUUUGCCGGGUGACGCUCGCUAUACCGUGGGAAGAGAUGGUACUGUCUUCAGGGCUGACAUAACGGAUGAUGUUAACAUGGGCCCCAAUUCCAUCCACUGGUUCAGAAAGGGCCUCCGUCUCCAUGACAACCCUGCACUUCAGGAGGCAGUGCGUGGGGCAGACACGGUCCGAUGUGUCUACUUCCUGGAUCCCUGGUUUGCUGGGUCAUCAAAUCUCGGGGUUAACAGGUGGAGAUUUCUCCUGCAGUGCCUGGAUGAUCUCGAUUCCAAUCUAAGAAAACUCAAUUCUCGCCUUUUUGUCAUCCGAGGACAACCAGCCAAUGUUUUUCCACGACUUUUCAAGGAGUGGAAAAUAUCCAGGUUGACUUUUGAGUAUGACUCAGAACCAUUUGGAAAGGAGAGGGAUGCAGCUAUUAAGAAGCUCGCUAUGGAGGCCGGUGUUGAAGUCAUUGUCAAGACUUCACACACCCUUUACAAUCUUGACAAAAUCAUUGAACUGAACGGGGGUCAGCCUCCUCUGACCUACAAACGUUUCCAAACGCUGAUCAGCCGAAUGGACCCGCCGGAGUUGCCAGUGGAAACCCUCUCCAACACUAUAAUGGGAAACUGUGUCACACCAGUCUCUGAAGACCAUGCGGAGAAAUAUGGUGUGCCGUCCUUGGAGGAACUAGGAUUUGACAUCGAGGGACUUCCUUCUGCUGUCUGGCCUGGUGGUGAAACAGAGGCAUUAACAAGGAUUGAGAGACACCUGGAGAGAAAGGCUUGGGUUGCAAACUUUGAAAGGCCUAGAAUGAACGCAAACUCUUUAUUGGCCAGCCCGACUGGGCUGAGUCCCUACCUCCGUUUCGGCUGCCUCUCCUGCCGCCUCUUCUACUUCAAACUCACAGACCUCUACUGGAAGGUAAAGAAAACCAGCUCUCCUCCUCUUUCCCUCUACGGUCAGCUACUAUGGAGGGAGUUUUUCUACACCGCUGCUACCACCAAUCCACGGUUCGACAAGAUGGAGGGCAACCCAAUCUGUGUGCGUAUUCCCUGGGACAAGAACCCAGAGGCCCUGGCCAAGUGGGCUGAGGCUAAGACCGGUUUUCCCUGGAUCGAUGCCAUCAUGACCCAGCUGAGACAGGAGGGCUGGAUUCACCACCUGGCCCGCCAUGCUGUGGCUUGUUUCCUCACCCGCGGAGACUUAUGGAUCAGCUGGGAAGAGGGCAUGAAGGUGUUUGAGGAGCUUCUAUUGGAUGCUGACUGGAGCGUGAACGCUGGCAGCUGGAUGUGGCUCUCCUGUAGCUCUUUCUUUCAGCAGUUCUUUCAUUGUUACUGUCCUGUGGGUUUCGGCAGACGCACCGACCCUAACGGCGAUUUCAUUAGACGAUAUUUACCUGUUCUCAGAGGUUUCCCUGCCAAGUAUAUAUACGAUCCCUGGAAUGCCCCAGAUUGUGUGCAGGCUGCCGCUAAGUGCAUCAUCGGAGUUCAUUACCCCAAACCCAUGGUGAACCAUGCCGAAGCAAGCUGUCUCAACAUCGAAAGGAUGAAGCAGAUCUACCAGCAACUCUCACGCUACAGAGGACUUGGACUUCUGGCCUCUGUUCCAUCCACACACAAUGGGAAUGUUAUGGCUUACUCCCCAGGGGAACAGCAGUCUGGGACCAACACGCCAGGACCGGCGGUAUUGAAUGGUUCUGUUGCCAAUGGUGACAUGAAUGGAAGUAUUCAGUUGAACUUUGACAGCGAGGAGCAUCAGGGACCAAGUGGAACACAGCAACAAGAACAACAGCAGCAACUAGGUUACCACCACAUGUCCGACUCGGGGCACAACGCAAGCAGUCGCCUUUACCAGUGGAAUAUCUCGCAAGAAAUGGCAGGCCCUCAACAUUCAGGACACCUGCUGCACAAAGGUGGAAGUGUGACAGGGAAGAGGGAGAGAGAGAGCGAACAAGAUAUUGAAGAAGAGGACGACAGUCUCUCUACCUCUCACAAACUUCCACGACAAAUUGCUGAAGCCACUUCAGUUCAUGCUACCAUUAGGAACCAGUCGAGUAUGAAAAGCUAGGUGGACAAAUCAUCAUGAUGAGCCGAAUAUUUGGGAAAUAAGACAGGGGUCUGUUCUUCUGUAAACUCUCAUGUUAGGCAACAACAAAUAGUGGAUUUGGCUCUUUCUGGUCAUCUUCAAAGAUAUGAAUGUUACAGUAACUGGGUUUAUUUAAGAAUUAGUUUUCUUUGAAAAUGCAAUUCAUUUUGCUUGAUUCUACAUCCGUAAGAGAUGAGGCGACUAUAAAAAUGUUUCUUUUUGGACGUCUUUGUGGCUACAGUAGGUUUGUUUUUUCAUGCCGUUAGAUGAACAUGGUUCAAGGUUCAUACCAAGUGCGGUAGAUUUAGGCUUCUAUCAAGCAGAAGAAAUCUGAACUUUAUUAUAAAACUGCAGCUGCAGCUGUGAGUAUUUUUGCUAUGUUACAACCAGCAUUGGACAUUAGUUGGAUCCACAGAAACAAAACCAACUCUUUUGUACAGUUACAGUGUUCUGAAUUUCUUUGACUCUCAGUACAGUGGUGUAUGUGCCACAUUUUGUAAACAGAAAAAAGGUUACAGUUAUAUUUUAUAUAUCGGUGUUUUGUUCUUUGCCAGUUCAAUACAUUUGUUUUUCAGUACAGAAAAAUCAUGUAUAAUAAAAUUCCAACCAAGAUGAAAUUUGAAAUACGAUUCACAGUUUACUGAUUAUAAAAUUGCUUAACUUCUCAUUUUUAAACUUCAAGCCCAUAUUCAAUUGAUAGAAUAUUCAUUUUUUGCAGUUCUGAAAUAUUUUAAGGUGUACACAAAAGCCCCUUAAAAUAAUAGUUUGAAAUCUUCAUAAUAACAACAAUAUCUUUUUCAUUGUCAUGCCUGGCUGACACACACAGACAGCUGACCUUCAUGGUCAAGCCUUAAAACACUGAUAAACGCCAACCUACAUUCUGCCAAAGCCAGCAAAUGACACUGGAAAAGAAAUUAUGUUAAUGCCUACACUUAUCUUUUAAAUCUUUGUUGUUAAAUAUAUCUUUUUUGAAUAUACUUUAUACAUAAGGAAAUUGUCUUUUUGUGCAGAACUGCUCUGUGUUGCUUUUGCAUUGUUAGAUUUAAAAUCAAAAGACUUGAAUAUUUAAAAUAUAUCUGUGCAUAGUGAGAUUAAGACACCAAAAAUACCAGACAGCCAAAACAUGUCAUGGUAAUAUUUACUGACAUUCCAAAAAUGAGCAAAUCAUGGUUUUUGAUUGUCACAAUCUAUUUUUUAUUAUUUUUUGGAGAUCUCUGAAGUCUUUCCAAUUCUGUAAAUUAAAAGACAGUUAAUAAUGUCUGAAUUUUAUUUUUUAAUGACAUUAUAUAUGCUAAGUACAUUACAUCAGGGAAUGUAACCAACAAUAAGGAUUUCUCUGUAUGUGUUCAGCAGUGAUUUAUACUUUACCUUAUGCUGACUGCAUACCCAAAUUUGUUUUUUGUUGUUAAACAUCAGACUAAAUACUAUUUAUAAAAUAUAACUAUUGGUUUUCUGUCCAGAGAUGAAAUCCCAGUGAAAUCUGAAUGAUUGAGAUUUUUGGAAGCCAUCCUUUAAAAUCACUAAUAAACUAGACUUGUCUCCUUUAAAUUGAUAUAUGACUUUAAAUGAUAAUUUUCGUAAUUUAUUUGUUAUUUUAAAAUCUUAAAAAUCCCCUAGAUUAAAUAGAAUAUCUUUCAGUCAAUACAAAUAAAAACUUGUGACGAUAUUAUGUUACGUUAACAUUACAUUGGUCGAAAGAAACUGAUGAAUCCUGCAAAAUGUUUACAAUGUUUUAUAUAGAUACCUAAUAGACCUAAUAAUUACUGUGCAUAACUCAACCAUAUAAGGCCCCUUUAAUUUAAGCAAAUUCAUGAUGAUCUGGCAACCUCCAUAGGUUGGAUAGCUUUACCUGCUUUGACACUGUGACAUAUCUGUGCUGUUGCUGUAGAUAAUCUGCUGUUAUGACCAGAAGUGUUCAGUUCUAAUGUGAAUGUUUACAAAUAAAAAACUGUAGAAACCUC